AUGCCUCGUUCAGUGACCUCCAACCCAUCUCGUAAGCGUCAGCAUCCUGAGUCACAUCCAUACAACAUAUCGCGAUAUCAGUUGAAAAGACAGAAGCUCAGCAAGUCAGCAUCAAUGUACUGGGAUAACCUGUCAAAGGUUUGGUUAACCAGACACGCAUUAAAAGAGUUGGACCGAAGAACACUGCGCAUGACUUACCUCCUGAGUCCAGCACGCUUCAUUAAAUGCACGAAAUGUAUGGAGUGCUUUGAAAGGUUUCUCGACCUAGCCCUGGUGUCCAUGGACUCAUCGGCAAUUAUCCUGCUCUUUGUUGCUUGCUUUCGCAGAGCAAAUGGGAUCCAGUCAGUGCGAUGCUUUUCUGGGCCGUCCCACCCAACACUUGGAUAG